AUGGAUGCAUCAUCCAGCUACGUCUUGUUUUCCAAGGACGAGGGCAGGACGGAAGGUCUCUCCCAGUUCACCAUCUUCUUCGGGCGUCGAGACUCCCUGGUGCUCGGGUUUAUGGUCAGCCCGCCCCGCUCGAGUCGGGAGCAAUACGGAUCCCUCUCGCAAGUUGUUGUGCUCAUCGAUGACCACUGGGAAGCGGUCGAUUGGGUGGGCGUCGAGGCAGUCCUGGCCCGUUUGCCGACUGCAGUCCCGGUGGACGUUAUCCUUGGGCGACAUUCCCUUCCACAUGAAGAGGAGGAGCUGCAGGCUCGUAUGCCGAGAAGGAGAGCCACAUUGCAGCGCAUGAUGAGCGACCUCGAUAAGGUCAAGAUGGUGAAAGAAUUUUGGGGGAGUACAUGAUCACUUCAAGCGAUUCAGUUCUGUUAUGACGUCCUGUAUUCGA